AUGAAGAACAUCAAUACGAUAAUCGCUGUCUGCAUCUUUGUAAUACUAUUUCUAUCCUGGAAUUGGAUAUUUGUUUCGAUGUCAUCAGCCCUCGUCGUAUAUCAGAAAUGGUCACAACAGCUACUGCCCGCAAAGAUCGUGAGCGUAAAACCUUUUGUUUUAUCUCGAAGUCCACACAUCUACAUGUAUUCAGCUUUCGUGCAUCUGCCAGGGGAAGCUGACAACACAGCUGAUAGCAACACGACAACAAGCAUUGUAAUCACCACACUAGGCAAGACCAGAGUUCAGUUGUUCUGCUGUAUUUUAUUCCGAGACAAGAAGACAUUGCAAGUAGUCACCGCAGACCUUUAUCACGAAUAUGGGUAUUAUGAUAACGAGCCUAAAGCUUACAUUGCUCGUCAGUUCAUCUGCAGAGUUCCAGUAACCUCGGACUUCCUGCGAGACUCCUAUGUCACGUUGUCUUCUACAAUUUGCUCUAAUGAUUUACAGGGUUAUAUUCCCAUUCUGCAUCCCACCAGAGUACCUGGAGGAAUCGCCAUAUGUGGAAAAAUCGCCCACAGUGGCGGACUUGACCCCGAAAAGACCAUAGAAUGGUUUGAGGUUCAGCGACUACUUGGUGUGGAUAAAAUUUUGAUAUUUGAUUUGGGAAAUCCAGAAACUAUAAAACGAGUUUUCAGGUAUUACCAGAAUUUGGGUAUUCUAGACCUGCAGCCGUAUGAACUUCCUGGCGAGCCACAAAACAGAUCGUUGGCAGAUAAAUUUAUACACACAGAACAGUUUGAUCAUGACGAAACAAUGCCUGUUUUAGAGUGCAGGCAAAGACUUGCCGGCUAUGAUUACAUCAUGGGCCAUGAUGCGGAUGAGUUUAUUAUUCCUAGACAAAAUGUGACUCUCAAGGAAUUUUUGAAGGAGCAAAUGCAAAAGGAACCCAACGCUGCAGGUUUUUACUUCUACACCCAGUUCUUUGUUACAACGUGGGGCCCAACAAAUCCUGAAGAAGAUCUCAUUGUAAAACGCUACAGGAAGUCUACAGAACCGUUAUGGCGAGCCUAUAAGUACGUGUACCAGCCUUCAAGGGUAAAGUCUGCAAUGACACACGAAUUCUUUGCUACAUCUGAACAAUUCAAUAGGCCAAAGGUAGCUACCAGUGAAGCUGUUCUUCAUCACUAUCGCCGGUGUCCGACUGAAACUUUGGGAGAUUGUACAGGGACAACGAUUAUUGAUGACACAAUGACUAGAUUCCAUGAUUUAGAACAGCGAGUUGCCAUAGUGCGGACCGCAACAUUUACAAACCCGAAUUGGACUAUAUCAGAAGGUUGA